AUGUCUACCGAAGAAUCCAAGCCCACAGGACGCAGCCGCGUCUUCUUCGACAUCAGCAUCGGCCAGCGCCCCGCCGGUCGUGUGGUGCUGGAGCUGUACAACGAUGUGGUGCCCAAGACCGCCGAGAACUUCCGCGCGCUCUGCACCGGCGAGAAGGGCCUUGGGAAGUCGGGCAAGCCCCUCCACUACAAGGGUUCAGGCUUCCACCGUGUCAUCAAGCAGUUCAUGAUCCAGGGUGGUGACUUCACCGCUGGCAAUGGCACCGGCGGCGAGUCCAUCUACGGCGAGAAAUUCGAGGACGAGAACUUUGAGCUCAAGCACGAGAAGCCCUUCCUGUUGUCCAUGGCCAACGCUGGUCCUGGUACCAACGGCUCUCAAUUCUUCGUCACCACCGUCCCCACUCCCCACCUGGACGGCAAGCACGUCGUCUUUGGCGAGGUCCUGACGGGCAAGUCCAUUAUCCGCCAGAUCGAGAACCUCCCCACCGAGUCGGGUGACAAGCCAAAGAAGGACGCGGUGAUCGCCGACUGCGGCGAGCUCCUGGGCGAGGAGGCCGAGCGCGCCACCGCCGCGAGCAACAAGCCCGACGCGCUUGGCGACCCGUACGAGGACUUCCCCGAGGACGAGGUGUCCAAGCACAAGGACACAGGCGGCGACGGUAAGGAGGCUGAGGAGCUGUCCGCGCAGAAGGUGCUGCAGAUCGCGUCUGAGUGCAAGGAGUUCGGCAACAAGGCCUUUAAGGCAGGCGACGUGGCCACCGCCCUGGACAAGUACGAGAAGGGGCUGCGGUACCUUAACGAGGACCCGGACCUCGACGCCGUGGGCGACGCGGCCGCGUCCGCCGACAUCAAGGCGAAGAUGGACGCGGUGCGCUUCACGCUCAACAGCAACGCCGCGCUCAUGAACAUCAAGCUGGCCAACUGGGACAGCGCGGCCAGCCUCGCGACCUCGGCUCUCGCAGUCGGCGGCCUCAAAGACGCGGAGAAGGCAAAGGCACUGUUCCGCCGCGGCCAGGCCUACGUGCGCCUGCGGGACGAGGAUAACGCCGUGGCGGACCUGACCGCCGCCAACAAGCUGGUCCCCGGCGACGCUGCUAUCUCCAAGGAGCUGGCGGAUGUGAAGAAGAGCAUCGCCGCGCGAGUGGCCAAGGAGAAGGCCGCCUACAAGAAGUUUUUCACAUAA